UACACGCACUCAGAGAAACCUGUAUGUGAAAGACAGAUAGAGUUCGAGAGGGACAGAGAGAGAGUGACACGACAGAGAGUGUGUGUGUGAGUGAGAGAACGAACGCUACUAGUUGGGAAAGAAGGUAUAGAGAGACAGGGGAGACGACUAACGGUUGCCUAAAGCAGCAUCAGAAGACUCGGUGACCGUCUCUCUCUGGCUCCACCGGGCUCCCGCGCGCUCUGCUGCAAGAACUAACUGCAAAACGGAUUAUUUAAUUUUGUAAUUUUUUUUAUUUUUCUCUUCGUCUGCUUCUUGAAUAACACUUUAUUUUACAAUCUUGAGAAAGAUUUAAGCAGGUAUAAUACGUUUUUUUUUUGCGGAAUAGAGGGAGAUUCAAUAGAGGAUAUAUAAAUAGAGAAUAGAGGGAGAGGAGAGGGGUUAUUCUGGGAAGGUUUUCCUCUACUUUCCAUUUCUUGUAACCUUUUUAAAAAGAAAAGCCCCAGUUUAUUUUCAGAAUACUUUCCGAGACUCGCUCACUGUUUCCACGUGCGCUCUGAGAGCGGGACAAAUACUUGUCAAACGGAUCUUUUUUUUUGUUGUUGUCCCGUAUUGUUAUAUUUUCUUAUUUAGGGAAAUUGACCUACAAAAAAACAAAAAACAAAAAUGACAUUUCAAACGUUAAUUCAUCAGUUUCCACUCUCGAUGAAUGCUGUCCUUCAUUAAAGUUAUUGAAGGUGACGUGUUUUAAAAGGACUUUGUAACAUUUCUUUCCACACUGAUUGAUAACCUUGCGAGAGGGGAGAGAGUUCAGCGCGUCAUCUCCAGUCAAUUAUUAUCUAUUUCAACGACAACAAAAACUAGCAUUUUUUAUAGUUAUUUAUUUCAUAAUCAAUCAAUUACAAUCAAUCAAGUCAUUUUUAUCGAUAACCAUCGAUAUAUUGAUUGAUCAUCCUCAGAGCAUUUCCAAUUCCUUCUAACUCAACUUCCCUCAACCUGCACGGUGGUGAGAUCAGUGAUUUCCUCCUCCCCUCCACCACCACCAUCACCCAGACACCGACCCUUCCUCGCCAUGCUAUUCGAUAACUUUGACCUGGUUUCAGCCUUGGCCACCCUAGCGGCCUGCGCUGUGUCCAUGGUCCUCCUCCUAGUUGUGUCCCAGCAACUCUGGCAGCUCCGAUGGACGUCGACCCGGGAUAAAAACUGCAAGCUGCCGAUGCCUAAAGGUUCCAUGGGGUUCCCCAUCAUAGGAGAAACCUGCCACUGGCUCUUCCAGGGGUCGGCGUUCCACGCAUCGCGGAGGCAAAAGUACGGCAACGUCUUCAAGACCCACCUUUUGGGACGCCCCCUGAUCCGGGUCACCGGUGCGGAGAACGUCCGGAAGGUUCUAAUGGGAGAGCACACGUUGGUCAGCGUGGACUGGCCUCAGAGCACCUCCACCCUACUGGGACCCAACUCACUGGCUAACUCUAUAGGAGAUAUACACCGCAAGAGACGAAAGGUAUUUUCCAAGGUGUUCAGUCAUGAGGCUCUGCAGUCCUACCUCCCUAAGAUCCAGCAGGUGAUCCAGGAGUCACUGAGGCUGUGGAGCUCCAACCCAGAACCCAUCAACGUCUACAGGGAAUCCCAGAGGCUGUCCUUCCACAUGGCAGUGAGGGUACUGCUGGGGUUCAGAGUAGCAGACGAGGAGAUGAGACAUCUGUUCAACACCUUCCAGGAGUUUAUAGACAACAUCUUCACCUUACCCAUAGAUCUGCCUUUCAGUGGAUACAGGAAGGGUAUCCGUGCCAGGGACACACUGCAGAAAGGAAUAGAAAAGGCCAUCAGGGAGAAACCCCUCUCUUCCCAGGGGAAGGAUUAUAGCGACGCACUUGAUAUCUUGCUGGAGAGCGCAAAAGAGAACGGCACUGAACUCACCAUGCAGGAACUCAAGGAGGCGACCAUUGAGCUGAUCUUCGCAGCGUUUGCCACCACGGCCAGUGCCUCCACCUCUCUCAUCAUGCAGCUCCUACGCCACCCUGCCGUGCUGGAGAAGUUACGAGAGGAGCUCCGGACCAGGGGGAUCCUCCACAACGGCUGUCUGUGCGAGGGGGAACUGGGUCUGGAUACCAUCGUUAGUCUGAAGUAUCUGGACUGUGUGAUUAAGGAGGUGCUGAGGCUCUUCACGCCCGUGUCUGGGGGUUAUAGGACGGCCCUGCAGACCUUUGAACUAGACGGGGUACAGAUCCCGAAGGGUUGGAGUGUGAUGUACAGCAUCAGAGACACACACGAUACCUCCUCCGUCUUCAAGGACGUGGACGCCUUCGACCCCGACCGCUUCUCCCAGGAACGCAGCGAAGACAAGGAGGGACGCUUCCACUACCUCCCGUUCGGCGGCGGCAUCCGCUCCUGUCUCGGGAAACAGCUCGCCACUCUCUUCCUCCGUAUACUGGCCAUCGAGCUGGCCAGCACCAGCCGGUUUGAGUUGGCGACCCGGAAUUUUCCUAGAGUGGUGACGGUGCCGGUUGUUCAUCCGGUGGACGGGUUGAAGGUGAAGUUCUACGGUCUGGAUUCUAACCAGAAUGAGAUUCCGGCCGAUCUACUAGCCGACAUCAAAACGGAAGAGCUGCUGGGAGCCGCGGUGUAGAUCGUUGAUUUGGAUUGGACGAAGCACAGGUGAAGGAGGAAGGGAGGGAUGGAAUAGAGGGAGGAUAAAUGAGAGAGAGGAGGAGGAUGGAUGGAGGACAUGGCAGAGAGAAUAAAAGGAGGAUGGGAGGUCAGGACUGAUCUAGCAUCCCCCCCCCCAUUUUGCUGAUGUCUUGGAAUGUUGGAUGUCUCCGUUGAACUCUAAAAAGGAACAUUCUGAAUUCCGAUUCCUUCUCUUUUGUCGUGUUAUUGUUAGGUCAUUGGAACUUUCUGGGAGACUAAGAAGAAGAACAGAGGCUGCCAAAAAACAAAGUGUAUAAUCUCUAUUCCGUUUUUGUUUUCCAAGAAAUAUACAAAACUAUGUAUAAAAUGAAAAGUAAUGUAAUAUAAUGAAUGAAUUAAAAAAACAGAAGAUUUAAUGUUGAGAGAAGUUAUGCACAAUUAGGAAACAGAUUCUUAUGGGGAGUGUAUAUGGAUUAGAGGGAUGGAUGGAGGUAGGGAAGAACGAAUGACAUAAUGGGAUAAAACAGGGUAUAAUGACUUAAGAAGCGUAGGGAAAGGAUAACAGACAGGAGAAUCUACACAGGAGAGAGAGACUCUUAAAGUGAAUGAAGCAUACAGAGCUAAAGAGAGAAGGGUCAGAGGUGGGUUCAUACACACUUGUAUAAAUCAAGGUGCUCCAAAUCCAGUCCUGGCAAGUGGUAAGGUUUUACAGUGUUUUCUUCCAGCCAUAUGCUCUAACACACGUCUCUCAAACAAUCUAUCAACUUAGCAACAAUCACGAUUAGUUAAGUGAGGCGUUUUUACCCGGAAAAUGGAAUAUAAUUCUCCAAGAUGGGGUUGAAGCAGAGACCCCCUGCUAUAAAGGACUUCAGGGAGAAUGCGAAAGAGAGACUCAAAACCUGGAAAGGACUUUAGGAUUGUGUGUUAAUAGCUCAGGUGUGGAAGGGGAUCUUUCAUUGGACGUAUUUUCAUAUCUUCAUUUUUUUUGUAUUACUCAACCUGCACAUAAGAGUUGUUCCCAAUCAUCCUCCUUCCCCUUCAAACCCUCAAAUCUGUGCUAUGAUGUCAUCGGACGAUGUGUCCGUGUGUCCGUCGCUUGGCUUGAUAUCUGCCUCUUUGCUUGACUGGAUGUGUUACGGACAUACAGGAGAACCAUUUUUCUAAAGCUAUCAGAAUCGUCUAAGCUGGUGGAAGAAUGAUAGAGUGAAAGAGAAGGGGAGAUAAAGAAAGAGAAGAAGAGAUAAAGAAAGAGAAGACGACAGGGAGAGAUAAAGAGAGAGGGGAAGAGAGGGAGAGAUAGAGGAGGAGAGGAGACCUAUAUACUUGCUGCUUGAGAGUUGCUUUCUUUUUGUUUUGUAUUUCAGUUGGAGCAGAGUGUUGUUGUACUCUGUGGGACGUGAAGGUGACAUUUUGACUAGCUGCUCCUCUUUAUCAACACAAAAAUGCAAAAUUGAUUUAAAGAAAAAUCUAAACUUUAUUAGCUAAUGAGAUUUAACAACGUGAGACGAUUGCACAAUCAGAAUCAUUUUUGGAACUUAUUACUAACCCCAACACCAGGAAAUGUCCAUCAUGGAUACGAAGAGAAAAUACUUCCAAAACAAAACUACUUCCUUUAUAACUUGGCAAAAUAACACUUAGAACAUAAUAAACAUUCCGGAACUCACAAGCAUUCUGGAACUCACAAGCAUUCUGGAACUCACAAGCAUUCUGGAACUCAUAAGCAUUCUGGAACUCACAAGAAUUCUGGAACUCACAAGAAUUCUGGAACUCACAAACAUUCUGGAACUCACAAACAUUCUGGAACUCACAAACAUUCUGGAACUCACAAACAUUCUGGAACUCACAAACAUUCUGGAACUCACAAACAUUCUGGAACUCACAAACAUUUUUGGAAUUCACAAACAUUCCGGAACAUUCCGGAACAUUCUGAAACAAAAUCCCGGAAUCCAUGGACAGUUGGGAGUUUUAUCUGGAGGGAGCUAGGACCCAGGGACUGUUGGGAAAAGCUUCUAUAAAUGAUAUUCUACUACCGUCUUCUACAGAUAUAUAAUGUCUAUAGUGUUGAAGACGUAUAUAUUCUGGGACCAACCACACCACUGAUUGUCUACACAUACUAUAAGUACAGUGAGCUGCUUGUGUGUUUCUACAUGACAGUUAUAGAAGUGCUAUCAUAUAUAUAUUGCAAGUGAGAUUCCUCGACAUUUCUCGUUUUUUUAUUGUAUUUUAAAAUUGUAUUUAGCAAAUAUUUGUAUUUUGUGAAAAGCAAAGAGGGAGUUCUGUUUAUUCUGAUUCUUGUGUUUAGUAAGUAAGCCAUGAGUUAACACCUGUUCUAUCUAAUACCCUAAUAUUAUUAUUAUUGACUAUUAAUAUUUCUUAUUGUAAUAAAAUAUUAUUAUUUUAAGUUGUCAUUUUUAUUAUAUUUGCAGAGUUUUAGUAUAAAUGUCAAAAGUCUGUUUGUUGGUAAAUAUCUUUAUAUUUAGUACGAUAUGAAUGAUUUCAGUUAUAAAGUCUGUUUGUUGUUAAAUAUCUUUAUAUUUAGUACGAUAUGAAUUAUUUCAGUUAUAUUGUAAAACAGCGUUGGAUUAUGUUAAUAUUGUUUAUUGUAAUAAUUAUUCUUAUUUUGGGUUAUUAUUAUAAUUAUCAUUAUAAUUAUUAUACUAAUAAUUAUUAUUAUUAUCACCACAUUCAUUUAUUAUUAACAUUAAAAGAAGACAAUUACUUGCGAGGUUCAGUAUUGAAGUGUCACAUGGCUUCAUUGGUUAUUUUCUCUGUUGUGUCCCAUUUGACACCCUAUUCCCUAUACAGUGCACUACUUUUGAUCAGAGUCCUAUGGCAAGUAGUGAACUAAUUAGGGACUAGGGUGACAUUUGGGAUGCAUAUCUAUUGCUGUCUGUCUGUCUUUCUGUACAUAAUGUGUAUUUCAUUUUACAGAUCCCAACAAUUCACUUAGUUCAAAUAUGAAUGUUUUUCAACUGUGAUUCUUAAAUGUACUCCUGUAAUAAAAUAUAAUGUGAA